UUAUUGUUUGAACUAUUGCGGAUUUACGUCAGUUAUGUUCCAUUAGGCCAACACUCAAAAUCAACACCGAUAAAGAUUUGCAAAACACAGAUGACCGUCGUCCACAGCUCUAUCACGAGGGUUGCAGGCAGUGCAAACUAACUCAUCUCGACUCUAAUCUGCGUUCGAUUGAGACUUCCUGUGUGGCAGAACUGAGAGCAGGCGAGCGCGUAAUCAGCACUGCCUACAGACUAGUUUACGGUAACACUCUCUAAAAUCGCCGCCUGGACCGACAAAAGUACUCGUUUGGACUUAAUCUGGAAUGAAACGCUUUAUUCUAACUAUAAUGUUGUUGGAUAGACGUUGAGUGCGAGAACUAGACAGCAAAGAGAUCCUCGGUGCGGGUCAAGCACAUCUCACCCGACCAACUGAAAAAGGAGGAGAGGCCAAAAAGACAACUGCAACUGGAGGAAAAAAGUGUCUACAAUCCUCACGGAUUGCCACAACGUCGAAGAUUAUCGUGACAUGAUGGCUACGGAGGAACUCUACGAGGUGGAGAGAAUAGUAGGCAAACGUAAGAACAAAAAGGGCAAGACUGAGUACCUGGUCCGCUGGAGAGGCUACGGCUUUGAGGGAGACAGCUGGGAGCCGGAGAAUCACCUGUCCAGCUGCGUUGAGUUCAUCCAUGAAUUUAACCGGCAACACAGCGAGAAGCAGAAAGAUGUAGCUUUACUCCGUUCCACACGCAGCUCUCCCAGCACAGCCGGAGGCAACGCCCGCAAACAAAUCAGCAGGCCUCAGCAGUCCUCAGUGAGUCCUAACACAGCGAAGACCUCUCCCCCCACCCCAAACACACCCUCCACAAAACGGCUUCAGCCAGCACAGCAUUCACCGCACAACAGUGAUGCGCAGCAGCAGAAGAGUAAGCGAUCGGCUGGCGUGAGUAGCAGUGGCACUGCCGUUACGAGCACAGUCACUGACACGGCUCCGACGGCAGCACCGACAGCUGCUCCCACUGUGAGUGCGCUGCGGCGUAGUAUGGACCUGGCUAAAUCUGGCAUCAAAAUCCUAGUGCCGAAGAGCCCAAUGAACAGCCGCACUGACACAGAGGAGUCUCCCAGUGAGGCAGCGCACAGUCUGGAGCAGGGAGGCCAAGAGCCAGAUGCUGUGCCCCCUGAAGUGGCCUUGCUGGAGAAACCCGCCAGAGCUGUGCGUGUACAAGGAGAGGAACGGGCUCGUAUGGGCACGAGGCCCAGAACGCAAACAGCCCUUCUGCCACCGCAGAUUCCCAUUACCCCCGCUGCCGUCCGCACGUUAAACGGGAAAGGCGCGACUACCCUCAUGGAGGCCUCGUCUGCAAAUGGAACUGCCAUUACUCAGAGUGCUGGGGCAGGAGUGAUGAGCAGCUCAGGGCUGACAGGCAAAAGGCGUUUUGAGGACCGUGCAUCUUUCGACAAGCGUCUGCGCUUUAGUGUUCGUCAAACUGAGAGUGCUUACCGCUACAGGGAUAUUGUAGUUAAGAAACAAGAUGGCUUUACACACAUUCUGUUUUCUACAAAGACCUCUGAGAACAACUCACUGAAUCCUGAUGUAAUGAAAGAGGUUCAGAGUGCCAUGGCCACAGCUGCAGCUGAUGACAGUAAACUUGUUCUACUGAGCGCCGUGGGAAACAUCUUCUGCUUUGGCCUCGACUUCAUCUAUUUUAUUAGGCGGCUCACGGAUGAUAGGAAAAAAGAAAGUAUCAAAAUGGCGGAGACAAUCAGAACUUUCGUCAACACAUUUAUUCAGUUCAAGAAGCCCAUCAUUGCUGCUGUGAAUGGACCUGCUAUUGGGCUUGGAGCGUCUAUCUUGCCCCUGUGCGAUGUCAUCUGGGCCAAUGAGAAGGCUUGGUUCCAGACUCCUUACACAAUCUUUGGCCAAACCCCAGAUGCCUGCUCCUCUGUAACAUUCCCUCUCAUCAUGGGAGUCGCCUCGGUGAGUACAUCAAGUGUGCCUCUGCAUGAAUAA